AUGCUCAGUGUGACGGCAGACAAUGCAUCAUCAAAUGACACCCUUGUCACGGAGCUUGUGGAUCUGGUGCCCCACUUUGCGGGCGAGACAAGCCGCACACGAUGUUUCUUGCACAUCGUGAAUCUCGUAGCUAAAUCAUUACUGCGUGAGUUUGACGCUCCAAAAAAGAAGGGUCGAGAGGGUUGA